AUGUGCGACGAAUGUGUGGAGGACACUGAGGCUGUAUCAACGUGCCUGGACUGUAUGGACAAACUGUGCGAGGACCACGCUAAGGGACACUCUACCUCUCGCAGGUCUUACAAGCAUAAGGUUGUGGCUCUCGGGGAGAGUGGAGCGGAUACUGCACAGCAAUUGCCCCAAUCCAGUGGUUCCAACAGCUGCCCCAUUCAUCCCUCAUCCAAGCAGUCCCGCUUCUGCAUGGCCUGCUGUAAGAUCCUCUGUGGGAUAUGUGAAGAAUCGCACGGUGGUCAUUGCGACGCCAUUAUGCCCAUUGAAGAGGCUGCAUCCAAAGCUAGGGAGGAGCUUAAAGCCGAGGUUGCUGCUAGCUUCUCCAACGAUGGCAAAGGCAUUCAGGAGUUGUUGGACAAAGUCGAAGCAGCUUCUGCACACCUACACCAAGAUACGGAGGCGGUUUCAUCCCAGAUCAAAGAGUUCUUCACGCGUACAAAGGCAUUGCUUGACACCAGGCAGCAGGAACUUCUCGACCAACUAUAUCAGCUUCAGCCCGCCCACCACAUUCCUUUACAAGAACUCAAACGUCACCUAUUGUCAGGUCUCUCCACCGGAAAGAAAUUGAUGAGCCUGAUCGAGAGUUGCCAUGACGACAGCAACUUCAUGCGAAUGUACGGUUGGCUGAAGGAGGCGGCCCAAGAGGUGCAGAGUGCGGCCAGGCGUAAUGUUCAGCCGUGCGUGCCCGACACGCUCAUGUUCGCACCAUGCAUGGCUGAUACGCUGAAUGAAGUCAUCUGA